ACAACUGUUGCACUAAUCCGCUCUGAGAGGCUUAGAAAUGCUACGCGGAGAAGGCACUGUCUGUCAUGUUUAUUUAUUUAUUUAUUUUAUUUAGCAAUGAAUAUUUAUUGCCUAAAAUUUAAGCAUUAAAUCUAUUUGAAAUUAUUCAGAAUAUGUGGUUCCCCUUAAUGAUCAGUUUUCCAGUGUGACAGUAGAUAUCUCUCUAAAACCUGGAGUGAAAUUUAUUUACAUUAACUGAUUUAACUUUAAACACCUUUGCGCCAAGAUGAAGGACCGACUGGCACAGCUGAAGGAGAAAACAGAUCAAACACCUGAAGAUGUUGACAUCCAGGUGGAAAAUAAAGAAUUUAUGGAUGAGUUCUUUGUUCAGAUUGAGGAGAUCCGUACCAGUAUUGAUAAGAUUGAUGAGAACGUGACUGAGAUAAAGCGCCUGUAUUCUGUCAUCCUCUCUGCACCUACCUCGGACCAAAAGACACAAGAUGACCUGGAAGCCAUCACCAAUGAAAUCAAGAAAUUAGCCAACAAUGUUCGCAAUAAACUCAAAAGCAUCGAGCAGAGUUUGGAGUCAAAUGCAGAAGAGAGAGUCUCAGCCGAUACACGGAUAAAGAAAUCUCAGCAUGCUGUCCUAGCAAGAAAAUUUGUGGAGGUAAUGACCAAGUACAAUGAAGCACAAGUAGAGUUCAGAGAGAAGAGCAAAGGGAGGAUCCAGAGACAGCUAGAGAUCACGGGUAAAACCACUACUGAUGAGGAGCUGGAAGAGAUGCUGGAUGGUGGCAAUGCUGCCGUCUUCACAGCAGGGCUCAUGGACUCAGCCAUCUCCAAGCAGGCCUUGAGUGAAAUUGAAGCGAGGCACAAAGACAUCAUGCGACUGGAGAGCAGCAUUAAGGAGCUGCAUGACAUGUUUGUUGACAUUGCCAUGCUAGUGGAGAAUCAGGGAAGCAUAAUAGACAGGAUUGAAAGCAACAUGGACCAGUCUGUGGGCUUCGUGGAACGAGCAGUGGCUGACACCAAAAAAGCAGCCAAGUUCCAGCAGGAAGCCCGGAGGGUAAAUUGGGAAAUUAAAUAUCUCACAGGUUUAUCACAUCCAUGUAUGCAAUUGAGCCAUAUUUUAAAUGCAGAUGCUACUUUUGCCAAAAAGGACAAUAAUAAUAUAACUCAGGGGUUCAGUAAUACACUAAAUGGCCAACUGUUUGUGGACACCUGACCUUCACACCCAUAUGGUGUUCUUCCCCAAACUGUUGCCACAAAGUUUGAAGCACACAAUCAUAUAGGAUGUCUUUGUUGUAACAGCACAAUUUCUAGCACAACAAUGCCCCUAUGAAAAAGGUGAGCUCCAUGAAGUCAUGGUUUGCCAAGUUUUGAGUGGAAGAACUCGAGUGGCCUGCACAGAGCCACUGAACACCUUUGGGAUUAACUGGAACGGCGACUGCACCCCAGGCCUCCUCACCCAACAUGAGAGCCUGACCUCACUAAUACUCUGAACACAAAUCCCCACUGCCACGCUGCACAAACUAGUAAAAAACUUUCACAUAAGAGUGGAGGAUAUUAAAGCAGAUUUUAAAAAAAUCUGGAAUGGAAUGUUCACAAAGCACAUAUGGGUGUGAUGGGCAGGUGUCCACAUACUUUUGGCCUUGUAGUGUAUGGAUGAUAUACUGUACAUGUGUACAAUAAUAAUUUUGGCUAUUA